AUGACUCUGACCAGAGGAUCUUUCACCUAUGCCAGUGGAGAAGAGUACCAUGGCGAAUGGAAAGAAGGUCGGAGACAUGGUGUCGGCCAGCUCAAGUUUCAGGAUGGAACCUGCUAUAUAGGCCAGUUUGAGAAUGGACUCUUCCAUGGCUCCGGUGUUCUGCUAUUUACAGACGGAUCCAGAUACGAAGGAGAAUUUGCACAGGGAAAGUUUCAAGGCACAGGAAUCUUCAGUCGAUACGAUGGCAUGAAGUUUGAAGGAGAAUUCAAAGACGGACGUGUUGAGGGAUAUGGGCUAUUGACUUUCCCAGAUGGAGCUCAUGGAGUCCCACGAAAUGAGGGCUUGUUUCAAAACCACAAGCUGCAGAAGAGAGAGAAGUGUUCAGGAGUGGUGCAGCAGGCGCAGGCUUCAGCCACCAAUGCUCGCAGUCUGGCACUUUGA